UGGAUGUGACGCAUGCGCAGUGGCUUCACAACUCUCCAGUCCCGUCCUCAAAGCUCAGACAUCAACAAGAGCCGCUUUACUGAUGCGGGUUGGUUUUCCUAAUACGCUCUUUAAGGAUAUCUGCUUUGCGUCAGCUUCACCAAACUUUCAUCAAGAUGUUUGGCUUUCAUAAGCCCAAAAUGUACCGGAGUUUGGAAGGCUGCUGCAUCUGUCGGGCCAAGUCCUCCAGCUCCCGUUUCACAGACAGCAAACGAUAUGAGAAGGACUUCAGGAGCUGCUUUGGCUUGAGUGAAACCAGAUCUGGAGAAAUCUGUAACGCCUGCGUCCUCCUUGUGAAACGGUGGAAAAAGCUACCAGUGGGAACCAAGAAAAACUGGAACCAUGUUGUUGAUGCCAGAGGGGGUCCCAGCCUAAAGAUAACAUCCAGGCCAAAGAAAAUCAAAACCAUCUCAAAGAAAGCUCGACCAAGCCAGAUCAGCAGGCUGCAGAAGGAGCUUAAAAGACACAAUUCAGACGCCCACAGCACAACGUCCAGUGCCUCUCCAGCUCAGUCUCCCAGUUACAGCAACCUGUCAGACGAUGGAUCCGACACUGAGCUGAGCCGGGGGUCCGGCCGCUCCCCAGUCUUCUCCUUUUUGGAUCUCACUUACUGGAAGAGGCAAAAAGUGUGCUGUGGUAUAAUCUACAAGGGCCGCUUUGGGGAGGUGCUCAUCGACCCCCAUUUGUUCAAACCCUGCUGCCGCAAGAAACAGCGACAGCAGCAGCACCAACAGGAGGAGGAGGAAGAGGAGGAGGACGAGGAGGAAGACGAGGAGGAGGAGGUCGAGGUAGAGGAGGGUCAAGUGGGGGUGGAGAAAUCCCAUGUGGAGGAGGAAGCAAAGAAAACGCCUACGGGUGAGGAAAAUACUGAGCCUGCUAAGCUAUGUGUGACAGCACCUCUAACCAGCAGUGGGGAGGUGUUGGGGGAAGGCUGGUGAAGCACCCCCUAACAUUUGGCAAUGCUCUGAAAAAAAUCUCGGGAUGGAUUUCUUUUUGUUUUGUUUUUUUUUGUUUGUUUUUUUUUGUUUUUUUUUGAGCACUUACAAAAAGAAGUCGCCUCAGAUUGCCUUCAAUUAAAAAGCAGCUACAAACAUCUUUUGUCCUCUCCAGGAA